AUGGAAAGGAAAACGACAAGAAAAGAAGCUCAAGAGAAUGCCAACGAGAGCAGUGGCAAAGAAGGUGGUGAUGAUGAGAGAUGUGUGGACGGGAGGAGGAGAGAAAAGAGGGAAGAGUUGGAGACGAAUGGGGAGAAGAAAGAAAAAGGAAGAAAGAGUCGGAAGAAAUACGGACAGGACGGUAGAAAAAGGGUACAAGAGCGGACACCAGGACAAAACGGACCACAAGUCUGGAGAACUAAGAGCAGCAGCAAGAAUGGUCGUGGUUUGGCCGCGGAUCUGUCGAGUGCCUUGGCUACUCCAGGCGGAGCAGGAGCAGUGGCAUGCGCCUGCCUCGUUGCUUCCCUCCGUGGCUGCCCUUGUAACACGCCGUCAUGCGUAGCUUCUUCACUGCGGCAGUGGGGCUGCACUUGCUGUUUUUGGCUUGUGCUCGCCUCUUCGCCGCUCUGGAAUUAUGGGGCAGUGGGAUUGGAGUUUGGAGUUCGGCACUGGGUUUACGGGGCAGGUGCGAUGGGCGGUUUUCGCUUCGGAGCCUGUUGGGACCACUGGAGUCGUGAUUUCUCCAGUAAAACCCGCCUAGAGCUUAGUCUUAAGAUUACCUGGCGAGCUAAGCCGAACUGCUGA